GAUACCUGCCGGGAUCUCUUUCUACGUCACGUCCGCCUUUGGGUUCCAAUCUUCAAUCCCCGAUUCCUACCCUUCCUCCGCUGCAACUCCCCGCGACAAUGGCGUCCCCGCCCAAGCCCUGGGAGCAACCCGGCGCGGCAACAACAUCGGCAGCUGUAUCACCAAUCUCGCCCUCUAUCGCUUCCACCACUACUGCCGUUCCCUCAACCACCGGCUCCGCUCCGCCGCUCCCUGACCGUCCUACUUCUCUUGCUUCCUCUGUCAACCAGAAUGCCGCCGCCUACAGCCGCAUGGGCACCUCUCCUUACGGUUCCAUGGCCAGCUCCUACUCAUCUCCAUACUCCAGUCCUUACUCACGCUUUGGCUCCUACGGCGGAAUGGGAGGCGGCAUGUACGGCGGCAUGGGCGGCUACGGCGGUGGCAUGUAUGGAGGAGGCAUGGGAGGCAUGUACGGUGGAAUGGGAGGCAUGGGAGGCAUGGGAAUGCCGGGCGAUCCCAACAGCCUGACAAACCGCUUCAACAACAGCACACAGGCUACCUUCCAGAUGCUCGAGGGCAUCGUGACGGCCUUUGGCGGCUUCGCCCAGAUGCUCGAGAGCACAUAUAUGGCGACGCAGUCAAGCUUCUUUGCCAUGGUCUCUGUCGCCGAGCAAUUCGGAAACCUGCGAGACACCCUGGGCUCCAUUCUCGGCAUCUUCACCCUCAUGCGUUGGAUUAGAACACUCAUUGCCAAAAUCACUGGCCGCCCGCCGCCUGCCGAUGCUACUGCCCUCACCCCGCUCGCCUUCGCCCGCUUCGAAGGCCGCUCAACCGGCCCUGACGGCUCCCCGCUCCCUCCUAAGGCGAGCCGCAAGCCCCUCCUCUUCUUCGUCGUCGCCGCCUUUGGUCUUCCCUUCUUGAUGUCUAAGAUGAUCAAGGCUUUUGCUGCGUCGCACGAGGAGGAGGAGAAGCGCCUCCAGCAACAGGCCCUCCAGCAGCAGGCUGUUGACCCUACCAAGCUCGAAUUCUGUCGCCUUCUAUAUGACUUCCUCCCCCAGCCUUCCAACGGCAUGGAGCUUGAGGCCCGCAAGGGCGAUUUGGUUGCGGUUCUCAGCAAGGAGGACCCCUCCGGGAGCCCUAGUGAGUGGUGGCAGUGCCGAUCUCGGGAUGGCCGCUCAGGCUACCUCCCCUCCACCUACCUCGAGGUUUUAAAGCGCCCGACUCAGGAGGUGAAGAAGAUCAAGGCCGCCCCUAGUGAUAGCAGCCGCACCAACUCCAUUACCAGCUCUAUCGAACAGCCUGAGGAGGUCAAGAAAGAUUACACAACUGCUGAUGGCAUGCAGAGGAGCCACUUCUACUCCUAGACUUGUGUUGGUUCUCCUGGACUAUGCCUGGAGAGAACGGCAAUGAUGUCGUGGGCGGACACGACAGGUUGCAAAAUCCUGUUUACAGGUAUUGGAAAUGGGUGUAUUUGUGGUUCAUUGGGUUAUAAAAAAAUCCUUCAGGAGUAAUGGUUCAUGAUCAAACCGGUCCCUAGCGUUUAGGUUUAUUUGUUGUUGCCUCUUCUAUAUACCAGGGGGAUAUGUCCCGACAACAUGUCUACGUUAUAUCUACAUACCUGUGUACCUUCUUUCAGGCCUCCUUUGUAUUAAAUAUCUUUAUUUUUUUUAUCACUUGGUUGCUUGGUGUAAAC